UUUUGUUUUGCUCAAGAAUCUUUUUGAACAAAAGUUGUCUGUUUAGAACCUCUGGUUUACUUUUGGAUGUGUUUCCAACCGAAUAUGAUAAUAUUCUGUGACGAUGUCAACAGAUGACCCUUUUAUUUUUGUCAUCCGUUGAAAUUUUAUAGAAAAUUUCACAAUACAUUCUUUAUUUUGAUACGCAUUGGUAUCAUAUGCAUAAUAUUCGUAAUGAAGCAAAAGAUCUGAUAUAAACUUGUUAUUCACGCAAAUCGAUGUCUUGGAGCUAUAUAUAAAUUCAAAUUCUUACAAAACGACUUGACUUUACCUACGGUUAGGUAUCAUCAGUUGCAUUUUGACAAAUUAAUGAUACUCAAAAAAGAUGCUUCAAAGGUGUUUGCCGCUACUUCACGUAAUGAGAUGCAGCGUCAGCAUCAGUGCUCCACACCUCACCCAGAAAAUGACUCCUUCUGCUGUUAGAGGACAAAUUGUCUCGGGGACCGAAAUAGCCAAGGACGUUAAGGAGAGAUUGAAAAAUGAAGUAGCCGAACUUAAGAAAAAUGUGCCUGGUUUAUUACCUAAGCUUUCUAUCGUACAAGUUGGGGAGAGAGAAGAUUCGAACGUUUACAUUCGGAUGAAAAUAAAAGCUGCUUCCGACAUCGGUAUAUUGGCUGAACACAUCAAGCUACCAAAAACUACAACUGAAACUGAGCUGUUAGAGAAACUUCGUCAACUCAAUGGAGACAACAACGUUCACGGCAUUAUUGUGCAGAUGCCUUUGGAUUCCGAAUAUAAAAUAGACUCGCAUUUAAUCACGGAUUCUGUUGCACCCGAAAAAGACGUAGAUGGUUUAAACACUAUAAAUGAGGGCAAAUUAGCAGUAGGAAACCUAACAGGAUUCGUACCGUGUACUCCAAAUGGCAUUUUGGAAUUGAUAAAAAGAACAGGUGUAAAAAUUGCGGGAGCUGAAGCUGUAGUAUUGGGGAGGAGCAAAAUUGUAGGGACGCCUAUUGCGGAGCUGCUAAAAUGGGAACAUGCCACUGUCACCAUAUGUCAUUCGAAAACCAAAAACCUAAAAGAACAGUGUGCCAAAGCUGACAUACUAGUUGUUGCCAUUGGACAACCACAAUUUGUUAAAGGGGAUUGGAUAAAACCAAAUGCUGUUGUAAUAGACUGUGGUAUCAGUGCAAUCCCAGACUCUACGAAAAAGUCCGGGCAACGUUUAGUUGGUGAUGUGGCGUUUGACGAAGCUAGCCAAGUAGCUUCGUACAUCACUCCUGUACCCGGAGGAGUUGGUCCUAUGACCGUCUGCAUGUUGAUGAAAAAUACUGUACAAAGUGCGCAAAAAGCAGCUAGAAGCAUGUCGUCUUCAAACUGGAAUCUCAAGGUUCUGCCGUUAAAAUUACAGGACCCCGUUCCGAGUGAUAUUGAAAUAUCAAGGGCUCAAGUUCCAAAGGAUAUAGGUGUCCUAGCAGAAGAAAUCGGGAUCUACCCCACAGAACUCUCCCAGUAUGGCAGAAAAAAAGCCAAGGUGUCAUUGUCCGUUUUGGACAGAUUAUCCAACCAGAAAAAUGGAAGAUAUGUUGUUGUUACUGGUAUAACACCGACACCGCUAGGAGAAGGUAAAAGUACUACUCUGUUGGGUCUGGUCCAAGCGCUGUCCACCCACCUGAAACUGAACACCUUCGCGACGAUGCGUCAACCUUCUCAGGGUCCCACCUUCGGGAUCAAAGGUGGCGCUGCAGGUGGAGGUUACUCUCAGGUGAUUCCCAUGGAGGACGUCAACCUGCAUCUGACAGGUGACAUUCACGCUAUCACGGCUGCGAAUAACCUGCUUGCCGCGCAAUUGGACGCCAGGAUUUUCCACGAGGCCACCCAAAAAGAUGAGGCGUUGUUCGACCGUCUAGUACCGAAAAUUAAAGGCGUUAGAAAAUUCUCCAAUAUUCAACUGCGACGGCUACAGAGAGUAGGAAUUAACAAAACUGACCCUGACAGUUUGACGCCAGAAGAAAAAGUGAAAUUUGCCAGACUGAACAUCGAUACUAACAACAUUGUUUGGAACAGAGUUUUGGAUAUCAACGACAGGUAUCUCAGAGAAAUAACGAUAGGACAGUCACCGACAGAAAAGGGUCUGACAAGAAAGGAAGGAUUUGUGAUCAGUGUGGCUAGCGAAAUAAUGGCUAUAUUAGCCUUGGCUAAAGACAUGAGAGACUUCAAAGACAGGCUCUCAAAAUGGUGGUGGCGUUCGACAAAUCAGGCAAACCAGUAACAGCUGACGACAUUGGGAUGACAGGAGCACUGAUGGUCUUGCUAAAAGACACCAUAGAGCCUACGUUGCUGCAGAGUUUAGAAGGAUCUCCGGUAUUUCUGCAUGCCGGACCUUUUGCGAACAUUGCACACGGUUCAAACUCAAUCAUUGCCGAUAAGAUCGCUCUUAAGUUGGUUGGUGAGAAAGGAUUCGUCUUGACAGAGGCUGGAUUUUCAUCCGAUAUUGGUAUGGAAAAGUACUUCAACAUAAAAUGCCGGGCAUCAGGCGACAUACCUACCGCUGUAGUUCUAGUAACAACCGUCAGAGCGCUGAAAAUGCACGGAGGCGGACCUGCCGUAACCCCUGGGGCUCCGCUUGCCAAGGAAUAUACAGAGGAAAAUCUGGAGCUGUUACGCAAGGGUAUUCCGAACGUUGCAAAGCACAUUAGCAAUGCUAAGAAGUUUGGAGUGCCGGUUGUUGUGGCUAUCAACCACAGAACGACAGAUUCAGACGCAGAAGUGGACUUGCUAAGGAACGCCUGCAGGGAAGCUGGUGCGUACGACUGCAGUGGUGUCCAAACAUUGGGCAAAAGGUAGGAGAGGGAGCAGUGGAUCUGGCCAAGGCACUCGUCAAGGCCACUGAGAACCCCAGCCAGUUCAGAUUCCUCUACGAGCUCAACAGGCCUGUGAAAGAGAAGAUUGAAACUAUUGCAAGGGAGAUGUAUGGAGCUGCCGAGGUGACUUAUUCGGAAGUUGCCGAGAAGAAGUUGAAGACAUAUGAAGAACAGGGCUUUGGAAACUUGCCAAUCUGUAUGGCCAAAACACCCCUAUCGUUGACCGCUGAUCCGAAUAUCAAGGGAGCUCCGACAGGUUUCACGUUACCAAUAACAGACAUGUCAAUUUCUGUAGGAGCAGGAUUCAUCAUACCUCUUACAGGAACGAUUUCAAAAAUGCCUGGACUACCAACGAGACCCGCAAUCUACGAUAUUGACCUUAAUAUUGAAACAGGAGAAAUUGAGGGACUAUUCUAAGCCUAAAUAUAAAUUGUAUAUUACACAAUAUCUGUAUAAGUUUUAACAAAGAAAAAUUAGCAAGUUUCUGGUUUUCAUUCUGAUUCGGUACGAUUACACUUUUGUUCCGGAAGUAUCAAGAAUCUCAAGGUUUUUUGCGACGUUAAUUCUUCCUUAAAUCCAUGCUGCGACAUCGUCUACUCCCGGUCGAGAUAUUUGCCCAAUAAUAUUGAGAAGCUAAUUUCACCAGACUAUUUCCAUCAAUCCACCCGACGACAUCAACUAACUCCGUUUUGUGUAUGCCAAAAAAUCUUCACCAGACCGU